GUUUAGCAUGCAUUGUCACAUGUCGUUACCAGUAAUAACUAUCAAGUCCCAUUGACUGACAUGUUUGGCGAAAAUUGCAGAUGAUUUAAAUUUCAAGUCAAUGUACGAAUUUCUAAAUACCGGCCAAGGCCAAAGAAGAGGAUAGACAGGAACAUCAUUGAAAAAUUAAAGUAUGUAUCACCUAUGGAAAGGAGAGUACCCACUUCCCGAUAUGCAGGAGCAAGUACAGCUAUGUUCGCUGGCGAUUACGAGUACUACCAGGUCUGCUUGAAGUCACCUUCAGGAGGUUAAAUUUGAA